AUGAAGAAUAUCAUAUUGAAAAUAUUAAAGAAUAUAGCGAUAAAUUAUAAUGCGACAAAAUAUGUGAAAAGAUUUAAAAAUAUUAUUUUUCAAAGUUUUAAACAUAUUAUUAUAGAGGAAUUAGAAUUAAACAAAUUUAGUAUAAAUAAUAUAUUUAAUGAUUAUAUAAUAGAUAAUUAUGUUAAAAAUAUUGACUUAAAAUUAAGUGAAGUAAAUUCAAAUGGCCCCUGUUCAAACCCAACAAAUAAUUUUACUGAUUAUUUAAUUUAUUUAAAUUUGCUAAAUUAUAAAAAAAAAGAGUUGCAAUUUAAUAUAUUCUUUUGUGAUAAAAUAGAAAUUGAUUGGGAUACAAACCACACUGGUUAUUUUUAUGAUAAUCUUUUACUAAAUAUCGAAAACGUUUAUAUAUUGCUUAAUGUUAUUGAGCUUUCUUUCGAAAAAGGGAAUGUCCAACAUGGAAAUAAAAUCGGGGAAAAUGAUGAACAAAACGGACAAAACAAACAAAAUGAGGAAGGUGGUAGUGAAAAGGAUUGGAUCGGAAUGGUGAUAUUUUUUACAAUUGUCUUUCUGAACUUUUUAAAAGAAAUGAUUGUUGAAAUUGGAAAGUGGAUUUACUAUUUAAUAAGUUUAUUAUUGAAGAAUAUAUCAUAUAUAAAUAUAUUAAAAAAAAUAUUUAGAAAAAUAAUUUUAGAAAACACAUUAUCUAUAAAUGUAAAAAAUAUGAAUAUAAUAUUUGAAGAAAAAAUUAGUAAAUGUGAACAAAAUAUGUUUUUGUCUAUACAUGUAGAAAAUUUAAAUAUAGAUAAUUAUAAUUAUAUAAAAAAUAAAAAAAAAAAAUUAAGAGAGGAAAUAGAUGAACAACGGGUAAAUAAGAAUUUAUCUGGAUUUUAUAAUUAUGGAAAAUUAAAUAAAAUAAAAUUUAAUGAAAAUAAAGAAUAUUUAAAAAUGCUCCUUACAGGUUUUACUAUUUAUUAUGAUAUAAGAACUCAUUUAAUUAGUGGCACAGAUAUUAAUUUAGAUAAAAAUAAAUAUAUUUUUUUUUAUAACUACAAUAUAAAUUUUAUGCAUAAAAGAAAAUGCUUAGUUGAAGAUAUCGAUUUGAUUUGCAUUAUUUCGAAAAAUAUUCAAAACAUUCAAAACUAUGUGAUUGAUUUGAUAGUAUCGUCUCUUAAAAUAAAUUUUAUACACGAUAAGUUUUAUGAUUUAUUUUUAUUUAUUUAUAAAUAUUUUUAUUUGUUGUGUAAUAAAAAUGUUUGUCUAAGAAAAGAUAAAAAAAAAAAAAAAAAAAAACAAUCUAAGAAUGGCUAUUUUGCGAAAACAAUUGCAAACAUAGAAUUCAAUAUGAAUAUUGAAAUGUUUAAAAUAAUGUUUUAUUACAAUUAUUAUUAUUAUUUGCAAAUCGUUUUAAAGGAUGUUAAUUUUUUAAUAUUUUUUGUGAAGAAAGAAUGGAAAAGUAGAAAAAUCAGACAAACAUUGUUAAAUAGUUCUAAGCCAAUAGUAUUUAAUUCUUAUAUUUUAAAAGAUUUUAUUUUUUUUAUUGAAUCAUUUGUUAUAAAAGAAGAAUAUUCUAAACUAUCACUAACCAUAUAUACAAAAAAAAAAGAAUUUAUUUAUUUAAAUAAAAGAAAUAUGAUUAUAAAACGUAUUCAAUAUAAUUGUAAUCAUGAAAAAGAAUUAUUAAAAUAUUGUAAUUUAGAAAGCAAAAUAAAUCGAUUUAUAAAUAUUAUUUCAGAUGGGAAUUAUGACAAAACCAAAAGGAAUAGUAUAAAUAAUAAUCAUGAAUUAACAUGGAAAGAUAAUGGACAAAGGUAUAUACAUGAUAAAACUAAAAAGUAUAGUUUAUAUUUUCGUAUAUAUAAAAAGGAAAAAGGAAUAAAGAAUUGUCAAAAUCCAAAUUAUUACAUAAAUAAUAUAUAUGUUUAUAUUGAAAAUAUAUAUUUCAAAAUAAAAAAUUUGGAUAAUAUAUAUUCAUUAAUAAGUAAUAUUCCAGAUAAGUUUUUUUUUAUAUUAUAUUAUAUCAUUAGUACAUCAAAAAAUUUAAAAGGAAAAUUAAUGGAUAACAAAAAAGAUAAAUUGACAUAUCGAAGAAGCAAUGAUAUAUGUCUAAAUGUUAGAUUAAAUUUUAUUGAAAUAGAAUUAAAAAAUAGAAAUAUGGCUAGUUUUUUUUUUUGUAUACAUAAUUUAGCAUUAUAUAAUGGAAAUGGGAAAUUGCGUCCUUAUAAGCGACAUUAUUCGGGUUUUAAUUUUUUUAAAAGAAAAAAAAUAAUAUUUUGUAAAAUAACAAAUAUAUAUUCAUAUAUACAAAAUGAUAAAAUCACACAUGUACUUUUUUACCCAUUUAAUUUAUUUUUUACAAUUCAUAAUUAUUUAAAAAAAAAAAUGAAAAUAGAAAUAUUAUCUUUGAUAAUAGAACUUAACAAAAAUGCAAUUGAAAUUUUUAAAGACAUAUUUUUUAUUCCAGAAAAAGAAACAAGUAGUAAUGAUCUAUUUUAUGAUUUUGAAAAAAAAAGAAAAAAAAAUACAGAACAUAUAUAUAAUGGUUAUAAAACAUUUAAUAAUGAAUUAAUAAAUGUUGUUCAUAAAAGUUUUACAGAAAUAAAUCCCAAAGUUGAAAAUAUAUUAAAUGAAUAUGAUAAUUUUAUAACAAUUUCUAACGAGUUAAACAUUCUUUUUAGUUGUAUAGACAUAUUUGUUGAUGUUUUUAAUUUUGAAAAAAAUAAUAAAGACGAUGAAAAAUAUGAUGUUAGUUCAUCUUUUAGUAUAACAUCAGUUCUUAAUACGCUUGAAAAUAUAAAUAUAUAUUUUUCUUUUCAAUACAUACAUAUUUAUUUUUUUUUUAAUAAUGAUUUUGUUGAAUUAGGAAAAAAAGCAAGUAAUAAAAAUAAAAAAAAUAAACAUGUAUUAAAAAAAAAAAAAUAUAUGAAUAUAUUAUCUUUUUUUAAUGAUAAAAAUAGAGCGAACAAUAUUAAUAGUUUAAUAAGCAUAAAUAAUGUAAAUGUUAACAAUAAUAUUCCAAUAAAACCCGUGGAAGUAUUUUAUAUAAAAUGUGAAUUGAAAAAUGUGAAUUUUUUUUGUAAUGUUAAAAAAGAUAAUGAUAAAAAUUGGAGUUUAGGAAAAUAUUCAAUUUCAAGCAAGUUUAAAAUUACAAAUUUUCGAGUUUUAUAUAAUUUUUAUUUUAUUCCAAUAAAUUUAGAAACAUUUGUUAUGAAUGGUUUGUGUGUAUAUAUUUUGAAGGGAUCUAUUUCUGAUAAAGAAAUAAUAAAAAUAAAAAAAAAUGAAGAUUCAGAAAAAAAUAAAAAAUCAAUGUUUAUUCUAAAUAAAUGUAUGUUGGAAUAUGUUGAUAAGGAAAAUAUUUUGAUAAAUAAAUGUAAAUGUAUAAUUAAUUUGAAUUAUAUAAAUAUAUUUAUAUACGAUUUUUUUAUUAAUUUAUUUUAUUAUAUAUAUAGAAAUAGUAGGACAAGAGUAUUUGAUAAAACAAAUGAAAAAUAUAGCAAAAAGAAAGAAAAAAAAAUGAAAUCAAAUAUAAAUUCAAUAAUAAAAAUACAAUCAAAUUAUACAAAAAUGUUGAAACGUAUAAAUAUAUGUAAUGAUUUAUUAAUUGCAAAAAAUAUAUUUAAAAUUUUCAUUUUUUUUUCAAUUAAAAAAACAAAUAUUUUUUUCAUUUUUUAUGAUAAAGUAAAUGAAAAUAAAACAUAUUAUAAUUCCGAUAAUUUAUCAAAAUUUUAUAACACUCAUUUAAUUUUACAAUUAAAUUAUUUUUUUACUAAAUUGAAAAAUGAAAUUGUACAUAUAAAAUUAAGAGAUACUGGACUAAAUGCUUAUUCAUUUAACAAUGAUAAUUUUUCAUUUUAUCAAAAUAGCUAUCCUUUUAUUUCGAAAUAUUUAAAUAAAAUACAAACUUAUUAUUAUAUAUUUAAACCUCGGAUUUGGAUCUGUUUAAAGUGGAUAACACUUACGAGGUGUAAUUGUUUUAUGCAUUAUAUGAGAUGUGAUAUAAAUAGAAGAAAUGUGCGAACUACUCAAAAUGAGGAAACUAUUAAAAAUGGGCAAACCGAAUGUGUAGUGGCAAAAUGCAAAGAUAGAAUAAACAAAUCUGGGAAAAAAAAAAAAAAAAUUUUAAUAAAAGUCGAUGAAAUAAAUAUAAAAAUGUUAAAUUUGUAUAAUUCUAUACUAUUUAUAAAUUUACAUAAAAUAAGAAUAUUUAAUUAUUUAAAUUUUAUUGAGGAAUUAAAUAUAUAUUUACAGUUAUUUGCAACAACAUUUAAAAGUCCAUUUUUUGCAAAAUAUUUUCCUAUAAAUCAUUUUGAAUCUCGGAAUGAAUAUAUGAUUGAGUUUGAUAUGAAAGAAAAAGAAACAAGUCAAUUUAAAAAUAGUAGUAAAUAUAAUAAAGUAGAAAAUGAUGAAUUGAUAAUAGAUAAGGAUUUUUAUAAUGAAGAUACAAUUAAUAGUACAUGGAUUGAAAUUUUUUAUAAAAUGUGUAUAUUUAAAAAAGUAAUAUGUUGUAUAAAUGUAAUAAAAUAUAAUUACACAUUGAUUUCCCCUAUUGUAAAUAAUGACAGAAAAAAAACUAAGAAAGAAAUACUUAGUUUAAAAAUAAAAAAAACAGAAUUAAUAUUAAAAAGAAAUAAUAUAAAAAAUUUAAAUAAAUAUAUAUCUUAUUUUAAAUACAACUUGUGUGCAAACAUAUAUGGAAUCAAUAUAUUUAUAAAAAAAUUAAAAAAAAUAUAUAUUUUAUUUUGCUCUAAUUUUUUAUCUUUUUUUAGUAAAAUCAAUGGAUAUAUGCCAAGAAAUGCCAUUUAUCAUGAUUUUGAAAAGAAAAAAAAAAAAAAAAAAAAUAUUGGAGAAUCAUAUGUAUUGUAUAAAAAUAAUUAUUUAAAAUAUAUCCGUUGGAAAAAUAGUUCUAUAGGAUUGUUUUUUAAAAUUAAUAGACAAAUAAAACGAAAAAUAUCGGAUAUAAUUUUUUUAAAAAAAAAUAAUAAUAUUUUGAUUAAUUUAGAAGCUGAACAAACAUUGGACAAUAAAUUUCCAAUAAUUGUAAAACUCGAAUUAAAAUCAUAUAUUAAAAAUAGAGAAAAUUAUUGUAGUGAAAACGAUUUUGCAUUUUAUUUGUUUUUAAAUGAAGUGACUAUUUUAUCUGUAGUUAGCAUAUAUGUGAAUAUUGUUAAUUUAUUUGAAAGUUUGAAAAAAAUUACAAACAUGUGGAUGAAAUGCAAUAGAGAAGCAAAUAAAAAUAUAGAAAUAGAAAAAUAUACACAAGAAAAUUGUAAUAAAAUUGAAAAAUAUUAUAGAAAAUAUCAAGUUAAUAAAAUAGAUUCUGUUUCAUUUUUACAAUGUUUAGAAAGUUUAAAAAUAAAGGUGAAAAAUAUAUUUUUUUUAUUUUAUGAAUAUAAUAUGAAAAUGUUUAUAGGUUUUUAUUUGAAAGAAAUAAAUAAUAUAUUAUAUAUAGAUCAUUUAAAAAAAAAAAAAAAUUCAAAUGAAUAUCAAUAUUAUUUUAAAUACAUACACAAAUUAACAGAAUCAGUUUUGUUUACUAAUAAUGUUUAUUUUAAUUCGAAUAAUAAUAUUUAUAUUUUUGAGAUUUUCAAUAAUUUAGUAAAUAAAAACAAUUUAAGUUACUUAAAGGGUAUGUUUUAUUUUUUUAAGAAGCAAAAGAUAGAUUCAAACUUGUUAUUUUUAAGACAAAAAAAAAUAAUAAAUAAUCUAAAAAAGAAAAGACAAAAAGAAUAUAAUGGGAAAAACAAUAAAAUACAAAAUUUAUCUAUUUGGUGGAACAAGCAGUUAAAAAUAGGGAAAAAAAAAUAUUCAAUUUUAAAAAAAAAUAAAAUAAUUAAGACUGAAUUUCCAUAUUUUAUUAAUACAAAUAUAUUACUUCAUAAAAUUAUCAAAUUGAAUAAGAAGAUACGUAUUCCCAGUGAGUUAGAUAUAGAUAAUAAAAAUAAAAUGGUUGUUUUUGUAAAAUAUUAUUUAAAAAAUAAAAAUACAUUUAUUCAUAUAGAAACUAAGCACACAUUUAAAAAUAUUUGCAUAUAUUAUCCACUAUACGCCAUUAUAGAAUUAAAUAAAAUGGUAGAUGCAUUAAACUGCCCUUUUAUUUAUAAAUUAUAUUUAUCUACUAUUACAAAUUCUCAAAACAAUGAUAACGAUUAUAUUUCCAAACAAAAAAAAUGUGACAUUUCUUUUGAUUUUAAAGUUUGCCUUUUAAAUUUUAAAAUUAAUCUUUUGUCGGCAUAUACAUAUUCAAUCAGAAACAUUAAAGAGGAUGAUCUCAUAAAAAAUGAAAUCGAAUUUAGAGAUGAAUCUAGAAAAAAAAAUAAGGAAAAUGAUAUUUUUAAGGUUCAGAAACGUGGAAAUAAUGAUGAUAAUAGUGAUAGCGGUACUUUUGAGAUAAAAUUGGAAAAACAAAAAAAAAAAAAAAAAAAGGAAAAAGGAAAAAACAAAAAUGGCAAUGAAAUAAAAUUCCAACAUUUGGAUGGUAUUCUUAAACAAAAGGACGUGAAAAAACAUAAAAAUGAAAUUGAAAAGAAAAACAGAAACAAUAAAUCAGAUGAAAUAGACGAAAAAAGCAUAUUGGAAAACAAAGAAAAUGAAAUAAAUAUGAAUGAAAUAAAUAGAAAACAAAGAGCAUUCUUAUAUGUUUUUGUUCUUAAAACAGAUAUAAAUAUAGAUAUGAAAAAUAAAAAUAAGAAAACAAAAAUAAAAAAAAAAGUAAUAAAUAAUAGUAAAAAAAAUAAUAUUACUUUUGUAAAUAAAGUAAAUAUGAAUGUUUCUUUUUCCCAUUUAAAUGUAACAAGUGGCUUGUUGUAUAUAUGUAUUAACGCUGAACCUUUUUUAUUUAACAUAAUAAGAGUUCAAAGUUUAUUUAAAUCCGUAUAUGAAUAUAAUAAUAGUUCGAAAUACUAUUUUAAUAUGUCUAGAAAUCACAGGUUUAGACUGAAAAGAAAUGAAAAUUUAAUAAGUCAAAUAGAAAAUAAAAAUAUUUCGAAAAUAACUACUAAAACAAAUAAAAUAAAAUUUAUAAUUAUGAGAGAAUAUUGUACAUAUAAUACAAUAGAUAUAAUGAAUAUUUUAUUAUUUUUUCAAAAUAUUAGUUACUAUUUAAAUUGGAGUAAACGGUCAUGUAAAAAAACGAAAAAAAAUAUAAAGAAUAAAUCAAAUGAACAUGUUAAGGAAAUUAAUACAGACUUUGCAAGUAGCUAUGACAUAUAUAAUAAUAUAAAACAUGAAGGUAUGGGUGCUAGCCAACAUCAUAUAAGUGGUGAUGCUUUGGAUAUUUAUUCAACAAAGAAAAAUGAAACAAAUAUUGAUGGUUCGAAAAGAGAAUCAUAUUAUUACGAAGAAAAAGAAAGGAAAGAAAACAAAAGAAUAAUUGAGAGUUCUUAUUUAAGUUAUAAUAAUGAAGUUAUAAAAUUGGAAAAUAAUUUGAAUGAAAAGAAUCAGAAAAAACGGUAUAAGAACAAAGGAAUGAAAAGAGAAUUAAAAAUCGUUGAUGAAAUAUUAGAUAAAGGUUUGUGUGGAAAUGAGAAAAAAAGUUCAAAUGUGAAUUAUUGCCUGAACAAUCAGAAAAAAAAAGCUAUAAGCAAAAAAAAUGUUAAUGUAAUUAUUGGAAGUAAAUCUAUAUAUAUUAAUAAUAAUGAUUUGUUGAUUUUGAAUUUGUUAAUAGAAGAAUUAUUAUUUAUUCAAAAAAAGUUGAAAGGUGGUAAAGUUGUGUAUUCGUGUAAAUAUAAUUAUAAUGGUGUAAUUAUAUCAUCGAAAUUUUCCAAAAAAAAAUGUAUAAAUAACCAAAAAAAAAAAUUGAACAAUGCAGAAAAAAAGCGAAAUUCAAGCCAAAUUAUAAAAAGAAUGAAAAACAAAAUAAAUAUUUCAGUAGAUAUGUUAAAAAUAUAUUUUAUGACAAAAUCUUAUGUGCAUGAGCUAUUUUCAAUAAACAGUUUUAACAACAUAAUUAAAAUAGAGAAUACAUAUAUAAAUAACAAGAUGAAAUAUUUGUUUAUAUUUUUUAAUUUUAAUAAAGUAGACACAUUAACUGUCAUUGCAAAUGAUUUAGUUAAUUUUAUUUAUACUAAUUCAAUUAAAACAUCGUUUAUUGAUUCAUUUGAUUUAUCAUGCCAAUAUAUUUUGAAUAAUAAAAAAAAUAAAUUUUUGAUUCAUAUUAAAGAUGAAAUAAAUAUUAAUUUAAAUAAAAAUAUUAUAAACUUUUUUGUUUUAUUUAAAUAUAAUUUUUUACAUGAUUAUUUCGAUUAUAAUGAAUACAGUGUGUUUAAUCAGGCAGGUAGCAGUCGUGAUAAUAGUAGAGUUGCCAUUGUAAAAGAUUUAAGGAAAUUUAUUUUUUAUGGAAAUAUAUUUUUGAGAGAAUAUGUAAUUAUUCGAAAUUUCACUUUUUAUAAUUUAAAAUAUGAAUAUGAAGAUAAUGUUGGUUAUAUAAAUAAGAAUGAAGAAAAUCUAAUAGUUGGAAAUAAUUUAUAUUUAUUGAAUAUAUAUAUGAUUGAUGGCAAAAUAAAUUUAUCCAAAAAAAUAUAUAUAAAACGGGCUAUACAAUCGUUAAAUAAUUCUAAUAAUAUAACAAGUAAUAAAGAUGAUGGAAAUUUUAUUGAAAAUAAUGAUGUCAGUUUUUAUAACAACAACGAAUGGGCUAAUAAUGAUGGAAAUAAAAAUAAAUUUCGUCCAAUUUUGAACGAAAAAAAUUAUCUUUACAUUGAUGUGGUUGUACAGGAAAAUAAAAGAUGUAUUAACAUAUAUCCUUACUUCUUUAUACAUGUGCUAUAUAGUAAAUUUUAUGAAAAAAAAAAAAAAAUGAAUGAAAACGAUGUAAAUAGAAAAGAUAACACAAAAAUGAAUAUUGAAAACAAUGAUUGGAUAAAAUUAAAAUUCAUCAAAGAAGAAUGUAUAAAUACUUGUUUAAUACGAAAAAAUGAGAUGCUAUUUAGUGUACCUUUUAAUUUUAUAAAAAAAUGUAAAUAUAUUCAGCUAGCUUUAAAAGAAGAUAAAAAAAUAUUUACAAGCAAUAAAAUUAAAUAUAAAAAUAUAUUUAAUCUCCAAAAAUAUGCGUAUAAGGAUAUUUAUGAUAUAGAACAUUAUGUGUGCUGUUGUUUUUUUUAUUUAUUUCUAAAGAAAGAAAAAAAAAUGAAAAAAAAUAGAAAAUAUAUUUCAAAAUAUGAAAAAAAAAAAAAAGAAGAAAUAGUAGAAAACACCUUUCCAAAAAAUGAUGAAUAUAAUAAUUAUUAUAAAAUAUUUAAUGUAAUGAAUAUUGUUAAAAAUAAUAUGCAUAUUAUAUCUAUAGAAAGUUGUAUAAGAAUUAUAAAUUUAAGUCCACUCGAUAUAAAAGUUUUGCUAAAAAGGGAAAAGGGAAGUAUAAACACAUAUAGUAUAAAAAGCUUUGGUUACAUAAAUGUUUAUGAAUUUAAUUUUUUAAAGAAUAUUAUUUUAAAUUUUUGUAUGAGCAUACAUAGAAAAUGGGUUGAAUUUAUAAAAAUUGAAAAUGAAAAUUAUUUUAGAGAAUAUAAAAAUGAUAAUGGAUCCAACACAUUUUCUAAAGAUCAUUCUAAACAAGUUCAUGAUAAUAAAAAAAAUGGAUGUCAUAUAAUAAGUUACAAAAUAAUACAAUUUAAGAAUUUAUAUUUUGUUAUAUAUAUAUAUAUAUAUAACAAUUGCUAUAAUAUUGCAUUUCUAAGUAAAUAUAACAUUUACAAUUUUACAAAAAAUACAUUAUAUUACCAUUUAACACAUAAUGAAGAAGAAUGUACAAUUGACGAAUUGAAAUAUUUAUCUGAAAUAAAAAAACAUAAACUUAAAGAUACAUUUAAUAUUUUAAAAGAACAUAUGUUUGUUUUGCAUCCAUUAAUAGAAAAUGAGAUAAUAAUAGAUAAUAGCAAUUUAAUAAAAAUAAAAAGAAAUAAAUUUUAUAAUUAUAGUAUAGAUGGGAAAAGUCAGAAUAAUUUAAUAGAUGAAAAAGAUAAUACAAAAAAAUAUAUAAACAAUUAUUGCUUUAAUCACAAAUUUGUUAUAAAUAAUAAUAGUUCUCGAAUUUUAAAUACAGAUGUUUCUAUUUAUGAAAUAAAUAAAUCAUAUACUAAAAUAAUUAAUUUGAAUGAUGAAUAUAUAAAAAUAGAUAUAAACAUAGUUACUAUUCAUUCAUUUAAUAUAGUGUUUAUUCAAUUUUACCCUCAUAUUAUUAUAGUAAAUUUAACAAAAUAUAAUUUAGAAUUAAAGUUGAAAAAUAAUGAAGAGGUUAAAAAAAAAUAUCAAAAUAUAAAUUAUGGAAAAAAGUAUAAUGAAUUAAAAGAAAACAAUUCGUAUGCUUCUUGUGAUAGUAUACAAAAUGACGAAUUAAAUUUUAGUGAGCAAUCUGAGUGUUCUAUUUCUAGUUAUGAUGAAAUAAAUAAAAAGGAGGUACCUAUAACAGUUAGUUCAGAUAAUAAAAUAAAAAAUUAUUUUAAAGCUGCAUCUCAAUUGUUUGACAUAACGAUAAAUUCAAAUAAAAAGAAUAGAGGUAAUUAUAUAAUUUUAAGGAAAAUGAGUAUGAACGAAUUAAAUGUGAAUGAUAAAAAUGCAUGGGAUUAUAUUAGUUUUAAAAUUAAAAAUAAAGGGGAAGAAGAAGAAGAAGAAGUUGAUAAUAAUACAAAAGAAGAGGGGAAGUAUAACUAUUCGGAAAAAACAAAUGUAAAUAGAUUUGCAAAUUAUGAAAUGAUUAUUGAAUAUCUUAAAAAGAACGCAAAUUCGAAUAUAAAGGGAGCAAACAAUUUGAUUGGGAAAAAAUAUACACGAUGUAAAUAUAUUAAAAUUAGUAAAAAUAUGAAUAAAUAUUUUUAUAUGUAUAAAUAUAAAGAAAUUAGAUUUGCAAAUAGAAAAUUUGAGAAUAAUGACGAAUAUAAGUAUUAUGGAAUAAAAGAAAUGCUUUUUAAUAUAAGUUGCAUAGAAAUUAAAAAAACAAAUUAUAUAUUUAUAAAGAAAAUACCAUUUCUUCUUAAUUAUGAGAUGGGUUAUUUUCAGGGUGGAAUAACGAUUCAAUAUGUUAGUAGCGAAUCUGAUAUUCCUGAAGAAUUUUUUAUAUUAAAAAAUGAAAGAAAAUGUUUUAAUGAAACAUCAAAUAAAACAAAAAAGGAAAAAUGUAAUGAUUAUUUAAAUAGACGAACAUAUACUUUGAAGAAAAAAGAGGAACAUGUACUUGAAAUUGAUGGAUAUGAGAAUUAUCAGAAAAUAUAUGAUGGAUUUAAAAAAUUAAAUUUAGGAAUGGUUUGUAAUUUAAAAAAAAAAAAUUUUAAUCUUAUAUUAAAAAGUUACAAAGAAAUUGUAAAUAACAAAAUAAUAAAAGAAGGAAAGAUAUAUAUAUUCAACAAUUUAAAUAUUCCAAUUUUUGUGAGCCCAGAUAAAUCUAAUUAUCUUUUUUAUAUAAAUAAGAAAUAUAUAUAUUUUAAAGAAAAUAAAUAUUUUUAUUUUUAUUUCCCUAAAUUUAUAUUAAUUAGCAAAAAGUUAGUUUUUUUAUUCAAAACGGAUAAUAAAGUACAUGAAUAUCGAGGAGUUAAAAAUUAUAUGCACAUAAUAAAAGAUGAUAAUAUAUUUCAGAAUUUUUAUGUUAUGAAAUUAUUUUUGUUUUGUAGCAUAGUUUCAACUUUUCAAUUUUAUUCUUUUGUCUUUUUAAGACGAGCAUGUUCCUCUCGAUUUAGUGGGAAAAAAAAAAGUGUUCGAAAAAAUGGAAAAAGAAAAAAUAGAAAAGAAAUAGUUUAUUUUGAAUUAUAUUUAGUAAACUUUUAUUGUGAUAUAAUAAUAAAUAAUAACAACGAAAUAAAUAUAAUAUUAAAUGGAAUAAAUGAAUGGCAUUUCAUAAAAAAAAUAUUAUCGAUAAAUUAUUUUUUUAAUUUUUUGAAAAACAAUAAGUUUGAUAAAUAUCCUAAAAGUAUUUCAAACGUUACUUAUAUAAACAAUAUGUAUGGUUUGAACAGUAAUGAUUUAUUAAAUGUUAAAUGUUUUAUACGAAGUAUGAAUUUGCUUUUUAAUUUUGAAAAUAUUUCAAAUAAUUCAGAGAAUUUGCGACAAAAAAUAUAUAUAAAUAAAAUACAUUUAAAUCUAUACACAUUUCAAUAUUUUAAUAAUAGUGUUGUUGAAAAGAAAAAGCGUUGCAUCCAAUUUUGGGGAAAUACUAGUAGUCGAUAUAAUCCAAAAACGAUAAAAGGGGGAUUCGGGAAUACAGAAGAAAAAAAUGAAACAUUUGAGAAGUUUGACAUUCACGAAUUUGAAUAUUUGAAUCGGGAUGGUUACUUAGAUUGUUUAGAAAGUUUAAAACGUUUCGAAAAAAGUCCAAAUGUUGUGAAAAGUACCAGAAGUGACGAAAUUGCGAAAGAAUGUUUAGGGAAAGAGCUUGCUGUGGAAUGUUCUAAAAAUAUAAGGAUGAAAAAUAUUCGAAUAAAGAAUAAGAAAUUGCUUGGUGAAAUGUUAGAAAAUAAUUUAAUUUUGAGAAAUAACAAUGAAAUAUAUAAUAUAUAUAAUAAGUUAAAAAAUAAGAUAUAUUGUCAUUAUUACUCUUUUAUGUUUAGUGAUUAUAUACGCAAUAAUAAAACAUAUAAAAAUAUUUUUAAAUUAUUGAAAAGUCAAAUUAUUGCAGUAUGUUUUAAUAAAUCUGAUUUUUACAAAAAGAUAUCCAUAACGAUUGAUAAUAUUAGCAUAAAAAAGGAUAUGUUAUAUGAUAAAAAAAAAGUUGAAUAUAAUUAUACAAUUUUAACUAAAUAUAAUAAGAAUGAAAGUAUUUUAUAUAUAAACAUUAACUUAUGUAAACAAACUUGUAUGGAAUAUAAACAUAUUUAUAAUACUUUAAAUAUAUUAUACGCUUGUUCAUAUAUAAAUGCGAUUAAAAUGGGGAAAAAUAUAGGGGAACAAGAUUUGUACAAAAUUAAAAAAGGAAACUAUUCUUUUUCAAAUAUUUUAAAUAAUAUAAAAAGGGAAAAAGGUGUAAUAAAUUUCAUUGAUAUUGAAAAUAAUAUAAGAAAUGAUAUUAUUAAAAAAGCAAAAUAUAAUAUUUUUAAUUCUAACAAUUUUUCAAGAAACAGAGAGCAUGCUUUACUAUACAAUAUAUAUUAUUUUUAUAAAAAAAAUGGAAAAAUAAAAAAAAAAGAAAAAGAUAAUAACAUUGGUGGAAAUAAUAGUAGUAGUAGUAGCAGUUGCAAACGCUAUAAAGUAAAGAAUUUAUUAGAAUUUAUUGAAAAUAUAAAAAGUAAAAAGUGUGAAAAAAAAAGAAAAGAAAUAAAGAAUUUAUCUAUAGAAAUAUCUAGUCUUGUUUUGACAUUGGACUAUAAUUAUUUUAUUAAUAUAUUGCCAUUAUUUUAUGAUUAUUUUUGUAAAAAAUUAAAAUAUUUAAAUCCUAUAAAUAACUUAAAAGAUGAAAGGAAAGUAUGUUUUUUACACAUGUAUUAUUACUAUUAUUUAAACAAGUUAAUGGGAAAAAAGCGAUUUGAAAAAUUAGAACAAAUAAAAAACAUUGGUAAUUAUUCUUAUACAAAUGAUAUAGUUAUAUGUAGACAAAAUAAAGAAGAAAAAAUAUUUUUAUUAUAUAUACAUAAUAUUAAUAUAAGGAAAACAAAGAUAUAUAUAAAUGUAAAUUAUUUAUUAAAAUUAUUUUUAACAAAAAAUUUCUUGAUGAAUAUAUCAGCCAUAAAGAUUCAAAAUAAACAAAAAAAAAAUUUAAAACAUAUUUUAAAAAAAAUAAAGAAAAUAUAUUUUUACAAUUAUAUUAGUAUAUUUUUUUAUUUGCUUAAAAAUAUAAAUAUAUCUGAACAUUCGUCUUAUACAACAUUAAAUUUCUUAAAUUUUAUUGAAAAGUUUUUAAAAAAUAAUUUACAGUUAUCCCCUUUACAAAAUUUAUAUAGUUUAAUUAUUACUUUAAAAUAUAAAUGUGAAUAUGAACUUAAUAAUAAUAAGAUAAACCAAGAUAGUUAUUCUAUAAAUAAAAAAAAUAUUGAAGAAUUAGUAAAUAUUGAAAAUAAUCCUCUUUUAAUUAUGUCUGAAAGGGAUAAAUAUUCACAAGAAAUUGACAAUAGUAAUAAUUAUUUUAAAAAUAUGUUUUUAUUUAAUUAUUCUAACAUUUUUUCUAUGAAUAUAUUUUCGAAAAAUACAACACAAAUAACUAAUCACCCCAAAAUACACAAAAGUUUAAUGAAAAAAAUAAUGAAUUUAAAAGAGCGAGAAAAUAUAUUUUCAAAAAUUCAUGAAUCAUAUAAAAAUUCUGAUUUGAUUUCCAAUUUUAAACAUACAAAAUUUAGUCAAAAUUGUACCAAAAGUACACAAAUACAAUUUGACAAUUCAAAUGGCAUUUCAGAAUCGUCAAAUAUCAAAUAUAAAGAUAGCAACAGCUCUGGAAAUUAUUUAAAAAAAAAAAAAAGUGGUAAAAUGAAGAAAAAAAAGAACAGAAAAACAGACAGAAAAACAGACAGAAAAACAAACGUACAAAACAUUACCCACAUAUCGUUUACUCACAACUUAAACAUCAAAGAAUAA